CCUGCCAACGGCCGGGGGUCAAAGGUUACCGACAAAAUGGCGGCCGCUACUGCGGAGGCUAGCGCCGGCGGGGCGCGGCGGGCGCGCUGCUGCUGAGGGGCGCCUGGCGCGGCACGGCGGCCCCCGCCCUGCCCUCCAUGCCGGCCGGACACUGCCGACCGCCCCGGAAGAGAGCCAGUCGCGGCAGCCCCCAGCCCAGCCGCCUCCCGGAGCGGCGCCCGAGCCCGCAGCGGCGAUAAGGCCGGGCCGCAGGGGGCUCCGCGGUGCCUCCCGCCCGCGCCGCUCCCGGCCCACCCGGCACCCGGCUCCGCACCGCCUUUCCCGCCCGCUGGCGGAGGGGGCUGCCCCAGCCGGCUGUACCCGGAGCGGGGACACCUCUGCCGCGCCGGCGCGGCCGCGGCCUCCCGGAUUCGGUCACUCGCGGCUGCGCUGCCCCUGAGCCGGGAUUGACGUGGGUUCUGCGGAGGGGGAGCACGCAGCGCCUCCGAACAGGCAUCGUACCCCCGCGGGAGAGGGGGCUGCGUGCUGCACCCACAACAAGUUACACAGCAAGGCUGAGUGUUGUCGCGUUGUAACUAUGGUGCUUAUCCGAGCGGAAGAUGCCUGACCGUUGGGAGUCGCAGAUCCACUGGGGAGAUGCGUGAUCCAGUACGACCUGACACAGGGAAAAACCGAAGGACCCGUCAAGCGAGGAUGAUGUUGAUGCGAGUCUGACGGUCAGCAGUGUGUGUUUAGUGCUGCUGUUCAGGAUGAAUAGGAAAAAAGGAGACAAAGGAUUUGAGAGCCCAAGGCCAUAUAAAUUAACUCACCAGGUAGUUUGUAUCAACAACAUAAAUUUUCAGAGAAAGUCGGUUGUAGGCUAUGUGGAGCUGACAAUAUUUCCCACAGUUGCAAACCUGAAUAGAAUCAAACUGAACAGUAAACAGUGCCGGAUUUACAGAGUAAGAGUCAACGAUUUAGAAGCAGCUUUCAUCUAUAAUGAUCCAACGCUGGAAGUUUGUCACCAUGAGUCAAAGCAGAGGAAUCUCAACUAUUUUUCCAAUGCCUAUGCUGCCGCAGUCAGUGCUGUGGACCCAGAUGCUGGAAAUGGAGAACUCUGCAUUAAGGUUCCCUCGGAGUUAUGGAAACAUGUUGACGAGUUAAAAGUCCUGAAGGUACAUAUAAACUUUUCGCUGGACCAGCCAAAAGGAGGCCUUCAUUUUGUGGUACCCAACAUGGAGGGCAGCAUGGCAGAAAGAGGAGCUCAUGUCUUUUCAUGUGGUUAUCAAAACUCUACAAGAUUUUGGUUUCCUUGUGUUGACUCAUAUUCUGAGUUGUGUACCUGGAAACUGGAGUAUACUGUAGAUGCUGCAAUGGUGGCUGUUUCAAACGGAGAUUUGGUGGAAACGGUAUAUACCCAUGAUAUGAGAAAGAAGACUUUCCAUUACAUGCUGACUAUUCCAACUGCAGCUUCUAACAUCUCAUUGGCAAUAGGACCUUUUGAAAUCCUUGUUGAUCCAUACAUGCAUGAGGUGACUCACUUUUGCUUACCACAACUUCUCCCAUUGCUCAAACAUACCACGUCAUACCUUCAUGAGGUGUUUGAAUUUUAUGAGGAAAUUCUUACCUGCCGCUAUCCAUACUCCUGUUUCAAGACUGUUUUUAUAGAUGAAGCUUAUGUUGAAGUAGCUGCUUAUGCAUCCAUGAGCAUUUUCAGCACAAAUCUCUUACACAGCGCAAUGAUUAUAGAUGAAACUCCACUGACAAGGAGGUGCCUAGCACAGGCCCUGGCCCAGCAGUUCUUUGGAUGUUUUAUAUCCAGAAUGUCCUGGUCAGAUGAAUGGGUGCUAAAGGGAAUCUCUGGUUAUAUUUAUGGCCUUUGGAUGAAAAAAACCUUUGGUGUUAAUGAGUACCGGCACUGGAUUAAACAGGAGUUAGAUCAAAUAGUGGCAUACGAACUGAAGACCAGAGCUGGGGUUUUUAUUUUCUUUUUCAGCCCUGCAUCACACCUACAUUUUUCUAUCAAACACCCUCAUACACUGUCCUGGGAAUAUUACACUAUGUUCCAGUGUAAAGCACAUCUUGUGAUGAGACUGAUUGAGAAUAGGAUUAGCAUGGAGUUCAUGUUACAGGUUUUCAACAAGUUGUUGAGUCUGGCCAGUACUGCUUCGUCUCAGAAGUUCCAGUCACACAUGUGGAGUCAGAUGUUGGUUUCCACAUCUGGGUUUUUGAAAUCUAUCUCAAAUGUCUCUGGCAAAGACAUCCAACCUUUAAUAAAGCAGUGGGUGGAUCAGAGCGGAGUGGUAAAAUUUUAUGGUAGCUUUGCAUUCAAUAGAAAACGGAAUGUAUUGGAAUUGGAAAUAAAACAGGACUACACAUCUCCUGGGACUCAGAAAUAUGUGGGUCCUCUUAAAGUGACUGUGCAAGAACUUGAUGGAUCAUUCAACCAUACACUGCAGAUUGAAGAAAACAGUCUCAAACAUGAUAUACCUUGCCAUUCUAAAAGCAGAAGAAAUAAGAAGAAAAAGAUUCCACUGAUGAAUGGAGAAGAGGUGGACAUGGACCUUUCUGCUAUGGAUGCUGAUUCCCCUUUACUCUGGAUAAGAAUAGACCCUGAUAUGUCAGUAUUGAGGAAAGUAGAGUUCGAACAGUCUGAUUUCAUGUGGCAGUAUCAGCUUCGAUACGAGAGAGAUGUGGUUGCCCAGGAAGAAGCCAUUCUGGCAUUGGAAAAGUUCCCUACUCCAGCGUCAAGGCUUGCACUGACUGAUAUACUAGAACAAGAGCAAUGUUUCUACCGAGUGAGAAUGAUGGCCUGCUUCUGCCUUGCAAAGAUUGCAAAUUCCAUGGUCAGUACGUGGACAGGACCACCAGCCAUGAAGUCACUCUUUACCCGAAUGUUUUGUUGUAAGACUUGCCCAAACAUUGUGAAGACCAACAACUUCAUGAACUUUCAGAGCUACUUUCUGCAAAAGACUAUGCCUGUUGCCAUGGCCCUUCUGAGAGAUGUUCAUAACCUCUGUCCUAAGGAGGUUUUAAUGUUUAUUUUGGAUUUGAUCAAGUAUAACGAUAACAGAAAGAACAAGUUUUCAGACAACUACUAUCGUGCUGAGCUGAUUGAUGCCCUAGCCAACUCUGUAACUCCUGCAGUCAGUGUGAACAAUGAAGUUCGAACAUUGGAUAACUUAAAUCCUGAUGUUCGACUUAUUCUUGAGGAAAUUACCCGUUUCCUAAACAUGGAGAAGCUUCUUCCCAGUUACAGGCAUACCAUUACCGUCAGCUGUUUAAAAGCUAUUCGAGUGCUUCAGAAGAAUGGUCAUGUGCCAAGUGAUCCUGCUCUCUUCAAGUCAUAUGCAGAAUAUGGGCACUUCAUAGAUGUCCGAAUAGCAGCAUUGGAGGCUGUUGUUGAUUACACAAAAGUUGACAGGAGCUAUGAAGAACUACAGUGGCUGCUCACUAUGGUUCAGAGUGAUCCUGUACCCUACAUAAGGCAUAAGAUUCUGGAUAUGCUGACUAAGAACCCACCUUUUACCAAGAACAUGGAGUCCCCUUUAUGUAACGAAGCUUUGGUAGAUCAACUUUGGAAACUGAUGAAUUCGGGAACUUCACAUGACUGGAGAUUACGAUGUGGUGCUGUGGACCUCUAUUUCACACUUUUUGGCCUCAGCAGACCUUCUUGUUUACCAUUACCAGAGCUUGGACUUGUUCUUAAUCUGAAAGAAAAGAAGGCUGUACUUAAUCCAACGAUUAUCCCUGAAUCAGUUGUGAAUAAUCAGGAACCUGUGAAUAGUACUAACAAUCACGGACAGUCAGUAGGAUUUCAGAACACCGAGGAUGAUCAUCUUAUUAAGGAAACAGCAUCCAGCAUUUCUGGUCAUCAGCAGGGGGUGAAGAGGAAGGCUGAUAUGCCACUCGGGUCUCCAUUGGAGCCAGGGCAAAUACUAGAGAAGAAUGAAGACAGUAAAGUCAAACUCAAAAUCAGAUUCUCAAACUCUCAAGAAGAGGAGGAAAUUGAUAUGGACACAGUUCAUGACAGUCAAGCCUUUAUUUAUCAUCAUUUGAAUAUGUUGGAGAGACCAUCCACACCAGGUAAAGAACAGUCUUCGGGAGAGAUGAACAUGCACCCUGUCUCAGCAGCUCCACUGUCUGUGUUUAGUAAAGAAUCAAACUCCUCAAAGCAUAGUGAUCACCAUCACCAUCACCACCACGAGCACAAGAAAAAGAAGAAGAAACACAAGCAUAAGCAUAAGCAUAAACAUAAACAUGAUAAUAAAGAAAAGGAAAAGGAUCCCUUUGCUUUCUCUAACAGUCCAGCCAGUGCACGAUCAAUCCGUUCCCCGUCACUUUCAGACUGAUAUUGAUGGCUUCUCUGGAUUUCAACUUGCAGUGUUCCCUGAAUACUUAGAAGGAUGUAUAUAACUAUAGCCUUUAUCUUUUUUUAUGGAAAUAAGAAUAUGUGAAUUGCCUUAGCAAUUCAGAAGCUCUGCCACCGUCCUCAUUUGAAGUCUUCUAUUUGCAUAUGCGGUUCUUGAAAUAAUCUGAUUCAAAAAAUAUGUUUUAUGAUUCUGAGUCAUUUUGUAUUUCACUGUUCUCCACACCUCCCACUCUUUUUUCCAUUUUAAACAAAGAAAACAGCCCUUUAUGUAAGGGCCCCAUGUCCACUGGCAACCCCCUGCACAUCAUGCUGGCCAUGUGUACUGCCAGAACCAAUUAUGUUUUAAUCCUUUGAAGAAUGUUAUGAGGCAGAGUGUGUUUUAAGCAGAAGCCAAUUGCGAGACCUUUGGUGAAGUGCUGUUUCCAGCGUAGUAUUGUAUAACCAAGUGUAGACCUCCUGAGAAGGCAGGGAUUUUCUGUAGUCUUCAGUUGAGCUGUUUCUUGCUUUAACCAUUGCAAUGUAAUGUCAGACUUUUAAGAACAGUGUAUAGAACAUUUGCCUUUUUCAGGUACUAAAACUCUUUAAAAAUUCCAAGCUGCUUUUAAGCUGCAGGUAUUUAUUAUGGACAUGACCCUUUGAAUAUAAUGACGUUCUGCAAUUAUGUUUUUGGAAUUUUAGCAAAAUGCUUAAUGCAUGUUUUGUCCUGUAAUCAGGCUUUUAAAAAUCCAAUAAAGUUUGCAAAUUAUUUUGACAGAGGCAGAAUUUUUUCUUCAAGCUUGACAUUGGAAGAUGAUUUUGAAGGAUGGCUUUGCUAAAAUUAAAAAAGUAAUUUUGAAAAGCUUAAAAAUAAAAAAAUACAUAUUUCCUGCUGCUGCAGGGUAGUUUUUCUGGAAGCAUGCUAUAUGAUCAGCUCAAGAAUCCACAGGAGAAAUACAUCAGUAGAUUAAGCUAGGCCUGGGACUUUACAUGAUGGAUACAUUUAGAUUUCCUUAGCUGUGUUUUAUGCAGUGUACUCUUUGCACCCAGCAAAUGUUUUAUUUAAAAACUUACAUUUUUAAAAGUUUUCAUAAUAGAGAUAAAUAAUCUCUGCCACUUUUUAUGUAUUUUCUUUAUUUGUAUGUAGAGGCAGGAGCUUUAUUGCCAUGCACUGGCUGACAUCUGUUGCCCAGAGUUCACAUCACAUUUGGCUUUCUAGAAGGUGGUUCUAUUUGGGUUAAGUAUUUUUCAAAAAAAUUUUCCCAAAUUCCUCUGAGAGACUGAUUCUUCUUAGGGCAAAGUGAGAAAGUUCAUCAGGGACCUAAGACUUUUUAAAGCUAUAUUCUGUUUCAUGAAAGUUAAUAAAUACUUUUAUAUUAUA